AUGCAGUCUAAUACUUACUUACCCCUUUGUGAUAGUCCCAAAGCUAUGCGCCUUGUGCGUCUCGCGCCUUCUGCUAAUUUUGGGCAUAUCUCUGUUACUGCCCAGCUCAUUGAGACUUCGUGGGAUGAGUGUAACUAUGAAGCCUUAAGUUACUGCUGGGGUAAAAAGCAGAAGAAGAAACGAAUCCUGUUGAAUGGGGAGCAGUUUGAGAUCACUGCAGACUUAUAUAAUGCGUUAGAGCAUUUGUGUCUUGAGCAUGAAAGCCGACAACUUUGGGUGGGUUUCCCCUAUGGCUUGGUAAAUGGGUCACUGACAUUGAGUCCACAGAUUGACGCGAUAUGUAUCAAUCAGACUGACACAGACGAGAAAAGUCUCCAGGUGCAGAGAAUGCGAGAUAUCUAUCAAAACGCUGAAAGAGUACUCAUUUGGACCGGUCCAUCAACGACCAAUACCCAACAGGCGUUCGAAAAAGUGAAUCAACUGCUGGCAUGUAACGAUAUGAAUGCUAGGAAAGACAUAUGGAACGGAAAGGAUGACCGAUGGAUUCAUUGCCUCAAUGAGAUCAUCAAAAGGCCGUACUGGUCUCGUGCGUGGACUGUUCAAGAGGUUGUCCUCGCUAGAACAGCUCUACUCUAUUGUGGCCACGACACAAUCCCGUUCUUUGACUUUGCCCAGUUCCUGACACAAGAGACAACACGUGACAAAGUCAAGGUCAAAUAUGCUCUGUUCAGUUAUCUGAAGAUGGUUUCUGAAAUGCGUAAGCCGUCAUAUCAAGAUCCACCAACAGGUUUGUUCGGGCUUGCAUAUCAACUUCGCUACCGCCAAUGUACGGUCUCUCACGACAGACUGUAUGCUUUCCUCGGGCUAUUGAGAGGUGAGAGCCUUUCUACGGAAGAACUCCACGUAGACUACAAAAUGGGCCUCCAGAGAUUAUCCACGAUAUUCUCUAAAGCAACAAUGAUGAAAUACAAAACGUUGCUUCCACUUGUUCUCGCAGAAAGGAUGUUCCCAAGCUUUCCCACCUGGUGUUAUGAUUGGUCAGCAAAUACACCGGAGCCAAAUCAACUUUGGCAUGGAAGACGUCUAUUCUGGACUGGAGGGCUCGACGAUCCUAUUUAUUACCCUUUACAUUCUACUCAUCACUCAGCAGCAGGGGGACUCCCAGCACGUCUCAAGGUGGAUUUUGAAUUACUCGAUAUCAUUUCAGUUCAAGGGUUCAGAAUUGGCAAUAUAGCCAGUGUAGGAAAAAUUGCCUAUAGGAAUACUGCGAGGCCAAAUUACGUCCGACUAUUCAAGAAUUGGGAACGUAUGCUUGGAGGUCCGUGGGAGGACACAGAAAAGACAGCAAAGUUUGCCAGGACUAUCACAGGGGGUGCUUGGGAUAGGGCUCCAGCGUCCUGGAGAGCAUGGAAUACUAAAGACUACUCGGAAAGGUGGAAUCCUGAUUAUUUCCGGUAUCAGGUUAUCCCAGAUCUCACCCGAAUUGACACAGGAUACCACAUGAGCCUUCACCAAGGUGUCGACAUACGGAAUGAUGAAGCCCAAAUCAAGUAUGACCGUAUUCGUGACGAUGCUUGCGAAGAUCGAAGGUUGUUUAUACUCGAGAAUGGAGACUAUGGCACCGGUCCAUCUGAAGUCAAAAUCGGGGACCCGGUUGUUAUCCUUCUCGGCAGUCAAGUUCCUCUGGUGCUACAUAAGAGAGACUAUAAUGGCCCCCGGGGUUGGGUAUAUAGCGACAAAGCUAAGCUCUUUAGUUCAACAUGGAAGUUCUUAGGGCAAGCAUAUAUAGAUGAUAGAAUGAACUACAGUGGGGAUUUGCAGCAGGAUAUUAAUAUUGGUCAGGUUCUCUUAGAAGACUUUUUAAUGGAUUAA